UUGCACAGCUCGCCAUGAGAUGUUGCAAGCAAGUUUAGUUCUACACUGCAAGCAAUAUCGGCUAGUCCAUUCCACAAGCAUGUCGGAGAAUAAUAGGAUUUACUACGUCAGAGCACCUUUUUACUUCAAGAUGACCCUCCUGUUGGCUGCAGUCUCCGUGUUUCUUUUCUCCCAGCUUUCCUUUCAUGACGUGAAAACUGCCCUUAAUUGGACAAGACAGAUUCACGACGACCACGCCCCUUGGUGGGACGGUAGCCUCUGCCCCUGCAACGAUACCCGUUGCAUACGUCAACGCUCCUUCCCCUCAGACAUGGAGGGCGUGGGCGGGAGCUGUGGGCGAAGGGCGUGGGCGGCAGGAGGGGGACAGCGCGUCAUAACCUACUCUCUGUUUGGAAACUUGACGAAAUACUGGAAUGGCUUGGGAGAUAUACUCGUUACCACCAAACAACUCUACCCAGGGUGGAACGUAUGGCUGUACACCAUACCCAGUGGGCGUGAGAGCAUCCUCUGCCCUCUCAUGCACGCCCACCCUCAUCUCUACAUCUGUGACGUCACCAAUCUUCCCCCGCCCCUUGGCAACGUCACGGAGGUUAAUCCAAGCAUGUGGCGGUUUCUGGCAAUGGGCGACGACAUGCUGUCUGCCAUGGCUGUGAGGGAUACGGACAGUAAGAUCACCGAACGGGAAUCCUGUGCCGUGGCGGAAUGGCUGACAUGCAACACCAGUUUCCACGUGAUGCGCGACCACCCUUUCCACGCCUCGCCCGUCCUUGCGGGGCUCUGGGGCGCUCGCUGGGACCUGGAGGGGAGGAACGGCUCUGCCCUGUCGCCGGGGGCCUUCAGGGCUCUCAGGGACGCGAUGAGGACGAGGGGAAAGAAGCCGCACUCGCGGGAGCAGGAUCAGCGGGUUCUUGGAAAAGUGCUGUGGCCAGUCAUGACAAGCAACCUGACGUCCCAUGAUAGUUUCAAAUGCAAGGUGUUUCCAGCUGGGACGAGACCUUUUCCAACGAGGCGUGAGCACAGCCUGUACGUAGGGAACAGAGAGUACACAAACACCAGCCGACGACUGCUAGUGAAUAAACAGUGCCCUCUUGCAUGCCGUCCCCCUCAACAUCAAGACUGGCUUUUCUGCUAAAUCAUUUUUCGACAUUUUAUUUAUGUUUGUCUAUUUAUGUAUACACGCACUAAAUUAUUCAACGAUGAACAUAUC